AUGAUGAUCCGCUCGACUCGAUGGUUUCUGCUGACCGCCCGCUGUGGCAAUUCCCACGCCACCCAUCCAGGGGUGAAGACGCUGAUCCACACCCACACCAUCAAGACGCCCGUGGGCAUCAAAGCGGCGAUUGCCAGCUUGAAGCCUAAGGUGACCCGGCUCUCUAACGAAGGCGCCGUCGAGUGUGAUUUGACCGGUUUCCAGCUUUUAAACUCGCCCCUUUUCAACAAGGGGCUGGCGUUCGACAAGCAGGAACGCAUCGCCUUCGGCAUCGAAGGGUUGUUGCCGCUGGCCGUGAACACGCUCGACGAACAGGUGGCGCGGGCCUACCGCCAGUUCUCCUACUUGAAAACUCCUCUCGCCAAGAAUGAUUUCUGUACUCUGAUGAGAAUCCAAAAUAAGGUGUUGUACUACGAAAUGGUCCGCAACCAUAUUCGGGAAAUGUUACCCAUUAUCUAUACUCCCACUGAAGGGGAUGCCAUUGCUCUGUAUUCACACCGGUUCCGUAAACCUGAGGGGUGCUUCUUGGAUAUUAACGACCCCGACUCAAUUGACACCCGCAUGCUGGUGUACGGUGAAGAUAAAGAUAUUGACUACAUUGUCGUGUCUGACGGCGAAGGGAUCUUAGGGAUCGGUGACCAAGGGGUUGGCGGCGUGCGUAUUGCCAUUGCCAAGUUGGGGCUUAUGACCCUCUGCGGCGGUAUCCACCCCGGGCGGGUGAUGCCGGUGGUGUUGGACGUCGGCACCAACAACAAGGCGUUGCUUGACGACGAGUUGUACUUGGGGAACCGGUUUCCCCGCGUCCGAGGCGACCGCUACUACGAGUUUGUCGACAAGUUCAUCCAGGCGGUGAAGAAGCGGUUCCCGCUGGCGGUGCUCCACUGGGAGGACUUUGGCGUGCUGACGGGGCGUACGCUUUUGCAGAAGUACCGCAACCAGUUGCCGCUGUUUAACGACGAUAUCCAGGGUACUGGGGCUGUAGUGAUGGCGCUGAUGACGGCGGCCCUCCAGUACUCCAACCGCAACUUGCUCGACUCCACCGUAUUGAUCUACGGGGCAGGGCUGGCCGGGCUCGGUAUUGCCGACCAGAUCGUCAACCACAUGGUAUCCCACGGUGCCACCCCGGAAGAGGCGCGGUCUAAAAUCCACUGUAUGGACCGCCAGGGGGUCAUUUUGACCAACACCCCAGGUGCCCUGGAGGCUCAAUUGCAGUACGCCGACGACCCUGCUGACUGGCAAGGCGUCGACACCCAUUCGUUGUUGGAAGCGGUGAAGCACGUGAAGCCCACUGCCCUUGUGGGUUGUCUGACUCAAGCCGGGGCAUUCACCGAAGAUGUGGUUAAAGCGAUGUACGCUGACAACAAGCAGCCGAUCAUCUUCCCGUUAUCGAACCCUACACGUCUCCACGAAGCUGUCCCUAAGGACUUGAUGAAGUGGACUGAUGACAACGCCCUCAUCGCCACGGGGUCGCCGUUUGAACCCGUCAACGGCUACUACAUCUCGGAAAACAACAACUGCUUCACCUUCCCCGGGAUCGGCUUGGGCGCCGUGCUCUCGCGGUGCACCGAGAUCACCGACUCGAUGAUCUCCGCCGCCGUCGACCAGUUGGCGCUGUUGCUGCCGAAGAUGGCCAACCCCAAGAACGGGUUGCUCCCGCCCCUCGAAGAGAUCGACGAAGUGUCGGCUAAAGUGGCGACAGCGUUCAUCUUACAGGCAGUGAAGGAGGGUAAGGCCAGAGUCGAAGACGAGCUGAACCCCGACGGCUACCUCGUCGAGGUGCCGUGGGAGUUCAACGAGUGUGUCGACUGGGUGCGCCAGCAGAUGUGGCGUCCCGUCUACCGUCCGUUGGUCAAGGUGCAGCACGUGCCGGAGAUCCACACCUACCAAUACUAG